AUGUCUAACCGGUAUGCGCCUCUCCCAAAUCCCAGAUCAGACCGCGAUGCACAGCAUGAGAUGGAAGCCGCCUUUGACGACUCGGACGAUGAAGACGCCACGGAAUCCCAGCCUUUGAAUGUCACUUACCGUUCAGCUGUUACCGCUCCUCAGCCAGCUACAGCCUCUCCCAUACCAGGAUCGUAUGAUUUCGAAAAUGUAGAUUAUGACUACCCACCGCCAGGGUCGCCACCGCCGCUCUCAUCGACUGCGCUUCCCAAUAACUUCGGUAAUUCCAACGGACUCAUACCGUCUUUCAAUAUCGGUAGCCUUCGAGAACCUUUAUCACGGCAGGGAUGGUUCAAACGAACUGUCGGGGCCAUUUUACCUUCGCAUUACGUCAAUCGGAGCCCCCAACACCCAGAGGGUGUGUUCGGUGGAGGGACCAGUAAUGACGGCGUGUUUGCGAAUGUCACCGCGAAACCGUCUAGAGCAAUGAGGGUACAACAAGGUGACGAAAUAUUGAUAGUCUCUGAAGACGCGCGUCCAGAAGCUCCGCCAUCGUAUGCAUCUGCCCAGGCAGACGCUGUCCCCCCAUACUGGGAAACCACCGUCCAUGCUCCCCUCUCUUCCGACUCGCUUGGCGAAAUGAUCAUCGAUGCACUUCCCACGGGAUCACUCUUCUCGUUCCUCUGGAACAUGCUUGUGUCGAUCUCAUUCCAAUUCGUGGGCUUUCUCUUGACGUAUCUCCUACACACGACUCAUGCCGCCCGUCUUGGUUCGCGUGCCGGACUCGGUGUCACGCUUAUACAAUAUGGCUUUGCCCUGCGUGGCCGCCUAGACUCAACCGACGGCGAAGGUGGAUGGGGCCAGUGGCGAGCAGACGAGCCGGCACCGACCAUGGCGACAGCCGCAGAGGCUGACGCGUACUACAGCCAUCAUGACCAGGAACAAAACUCUACUGUCUCUGGUAUGAUGAAUGGCAUGGAGGGCAAUCCUUCCACUCUCACGGAUGAGCAGGCAAGCAUGCUCGUUGCGGAUGCCACGACAGAGUGGCUUUCCUUCUUCCUUAUGACAGUUGGGUGGUUCAUCCUACUGACUUCUCUCCUGGGCUUCUGGCGUGUUAAACGCUGGGAGCGUGGGAUUCUAGCCACACAACAGCACACUAAUACGAAUACCAACAUCAAUCAGGAUCCUCAGCAGCGUGCCAUGUCCCAAUUCGAGAGGGCGUUUGGUCUGCAUCGCCUGACAAGCGGCGGCGGCGAUAUCCUGCGUCAAGGUUUCGGAUUCGGGAGAAGCCAUGAGGAGGAAACUGAUUCGGGAGGACAGUCCCAGGCUGAAGAAGGCCGAGCAGAGGAAGAAUUGGCUGCCCUGCUGGAUAUUCCUGCAGACGACCCCAACCGUGCUCAGAGAAUUCGCGAAGCAUUGGAAAGCGAGAGAAGAUUGCAGGAUGAUCUUAGAGCAGCAGGAUUAUUGUAG